AAAAGAUGAUAUGAUAAGGGGUAUAUAUCAUAUGAAGUUGUUUGUCAGUCUCUGAAAAUUUCACUUCGAAACUAUGAGAUUAUCGAUUUUACUGCUAGUCGCUGCACACGUGGCAAAUGGGCUUUUCGGGUUUGGCGAGAAGAAAACUACGCAAGCACCGAAAAUAUCUCUCGGGUCCGAGAUAAGCAUUCCACACACCGACGAGGAUCAGGACACCGGAGAAAUUGUGAUUCCGUUCAAUGAUCCUAGCACUACAACAACGAGAAGAAGAACUGCAACUACUACAGGAAUUCCAGUGAUUUCUGUGGGUGGAAUCGGUUUAGACAGAACUCGUAGUACGGUGGAUGUUAGAUCUUUCACCACGACAAUUAACCCAAGAUUCACAGCGGCCACCAAGCGACUUCCAUCGUCGGAUCGUCACUCAUCUUCGGGAUGUCCUAAUCGUAUUGAUGCGUACACAUUUGGCCCAGACAGUGAUUAUGCAUUUUAUGAACAACAAGUGUUCAAAAUUUCGAACAACAGAAUUUCUGAUCGGACCACUUUAGUCGAGGAAUUCAAAGAUGGUCCAAACCAAGUGAAUGGGGCCCUAUACGACCCGGAGCGGGAGAUUUUGUGGUUGGUGGAUGGAAGAAGCGUUUAUGGGUAUAAAAAAGAUGGAUCUGACAAUUGGAAGCUGCAGUCAGUUUUUCCAAAGGAACUACCGUCGUCUAUCGGUUUUACACCGGAAGCUGCAGUUAGAUGGCAUAAUAAACAUCAGUUAUUGCUCUCGAACGGUGGUAAAUUCGCAUUAUAUGAUGAAUACUGGAACAAAUCUUUGAUGACCGGAAGGACUGAAAGCUAUUUUGAGAAUCUUCCCGACCGUGUCCGGGGUAUUUCCACGUGGAAUUCGCAAGGACAUGCGCACAUUUACACGCAAUCUCUAGUUUUUGAAUACGAUUCGGAAAUGAAGAAAGUGACAGGCGAUGGAGUACCACUUGGCGAUUUUUGGAGAUGCUAGAAAUGGGUGAAAUCGGUCUUCCGGUACUUCUAACAAAAAAGCUUUUUGAAAUGUAUAAUUUCCUUAUAUUUUUUAAAUAAAAUUUUUGGUUUCAAACGU